AUGGCAGUCAUCAAGCAUGACAUAGUCCCAGAAGGCGACCUAGAGCUCGUCCUCAAAGAUCACUCGACUGAGAAAGUAACCCCGAAUGUCAUCCUUCCUUAUCUUACUUGCGGCCGCAUGAAUGAAGACAAGGUCGAUAACGAGAGGGUAGAUUGUCCAAAUGUGUCUGCUGGUCUUCCACCUCUUCAGGCCUCGGGCACAGGCGAUGAGCCCACCGAAAUACGUAUGCGGAUUUUCCGCCAUCACCUCGCGCUCGCAUCGCCCGUAUUCAACAAGAUGACCAGCGGCCCUUGGAAACAGGCGUCCCUUCCCACUUCUCAACCCGAUCUUACGUUGCCAGAUGCUCAAGAGAUUCCAGAGCCUUCGUCUGUCCCAGAUGAGCCUUCGUCUGUCCCAGAUGAGCCUUCGUCUGUCCCAGAUGAGCCUUCGUCUGUCCCAGAUGAGCCUUCGUCUGUCCCAGAUGAGCCUUCGUCUGUCCCAGAUGAGCCUUCGUCUGUCCCAGAUAUUCCCUCCCCAGAGACUCAGAGCGCACUUGUUCGCGAGGUAGGAACAACAGGCUGGAAUCCGCACGCACUGGUCGUAGUCAUGAACAUCCUCCACGGUCGGCACCGCGAUGUGCCUCGCAACAUCAGCCUCGAGUUCUUUGUCGACUUUACCGUCAUCGUUGAUUAUUAUCAUUGCGAGAAGGCGGUGCAACUCGCUGCAGAGUUGUGGCACAAUCUGAUUUACAAGACCCCGAGCCGUUACGGAAAGGCGGCCAUCAUGUGGUUGUACAUCUCUUGGGUAUUCUCUUGGCCCCAAGUGUUCUCGACAAUGGCUCGCUUGAUCGUAAAGCAAGGCAGAGGCCUUAAAAUGGUUGAUACCAAAGACCUCCCUGUUGGUCAUCUUCUGGCGAAACUGGACAAAAAGAGGCAGGAAUCUAUCAAAGAUAUCCUGAAAAGCUUUGACGACCUGAUCGAGAAGCUAAAGUGCGGAGGGCCCUCUACGGAUUGCACCAUCAAAUGCCGGUUCAUGAAGCUGGGAAUGCUAGUCAUUGAACAGUUGAAGAUGCAAAGUUUCGAGCCUCCGCUUGGAUAUAACACGAACAAUGUGGCUUUUACUGGCCAUUCGAUCUCGAGCAUCAUAGAGAUGAUGGAGAAAUUCCCAAAGGCUGAGUUUUAUGAGAAGAUUCACGGCCUUUCUCACAAGUGUAUUCUUACUGCACAUAUUCAGCCGACCAUCGAUAGCAUCCUGAAGGCUAUCAAUCGAUUGAGUAUCACCGAAUACCAACGCUGA